GGAUUAUGAAAUAAAUAAUAACGAAAUUACUUUACUUUCAACAAAUACUACUCGAUCAAAGCUUCUUUAUAUUCAUAAAAAUGUUGCUAAAAAUUCUGGUGAUACAUCCGAGUUUCAUUCCUCAACUUCGACAACUUCUGAAUAUUUCGAAAGUAUGUAUCAAGAUGAUCUAUCAAAAGAUAUUGAAGAUUCUGAAGAAAUUUAA